AUGCACUUGUCUUUUUUGACUGCCGUUCUCGGCCUUACGGCCGCCGGCGCGGCGUCCGUCUUUAAACCCGUGAAGCCGAUGCGGUCCAUGAAGACUAUGGCGGAAAUCACCGGCGCCGCGGCCAACACGGGAGACGUGAAGCAGUCCUGGUUCGACCAGCUCAUCGACCACAGCAACCCGAGCCUGGGCACGUUCAAGCAACGGUACUACUACAGCACCGCGUACUACAACGGGCCCGGAUCUCCCGUGUCGCUGGACGCGCCCUCCGAGGCCGCCCUGCCGCCCAGCCGCGUCGACCUGUCCAACGCGACCAUGCCCGGCUUCAUCGCGCAGAACCUUGCCGGCGCGGCCAUCGCGCUCGAGCACCGCUUCUACGGCGAGAGCACGCCCAUCGGCAGCGGCUCCACGCCCAACACGCAGACGCUGCAGCCGCUGACGCUGGAGAACGCCAUCGACGACCUCGUCUACUUCGCGCGCAACGUCAAGCUGCCGUUCGACCCGGACGGGCUGUCGCACCCGGACCGCGCGCCGUGGACGCUCAGCGGGUGCUCGUACUCGGGCGCGCUGUCGGCGUGGACGGAGCGCCUCGCGCCGGGCACCUUUUGGGCGUACGAGGCCGGCAGCGCCGUCGUCGAGGCGCGCGACGACCUCUGGCAGUACUACGGGGUCAUCGGCGAGGCCCUCCCGCAGAACUGCUCGGCCGACUGGAAGCUGGUCAUGGCGCACAUCGACGACGUCCUGAUGAACGGCUCGGACGGCGACAAGGCGGACCUGAAGCGCAACCUGGGCGUCGUGGGUGCCUCCGACCAGAAUGCUGCGGAGAGUGCGGCGUCGUGGGUGUCGAGCUGGCAGAGCCAGCAAUACUUUUACGGCUACACUCGACCCUUCCAGGUGUGCGAUUACAUCGAGAACCAACUGCCCGAGCAGUAUGAGCCCACGCCUGGCGCCCAGGGACUUGGACUGGACAAGGCCUUACAAGGCUUCUUCCGCUACAUGCAAGCAGGUAGUGGAAGCAGCAGCCCGCAGGACAAUAGCUUCGAUCCCUGGCUCUGGCAACUCUGCAACGAACCAUUCGAGUGGUGGCAGACGGAGCGGGCCGGGACGCCCCUCCACAUGACCACCGGGUACGACACGGAGGAGUCGCAGCGCAACGAGACCUGCUCCCUGUUCCCCGACGUCGGCAACUACAAGGUCGGCGUCAAGCUCGGCCGCAACGCGGACACGGUCAACAAGCUGACCGGCGGCUGGGGCGUCACCAACACGACGCGUCUGGCCUGGGUCAACGCCGAGUUCGACCCGUGGCUGUACGCGACCGUCUCGUCCCCGGACCGGCCGGGCGGCGCGCUGCAGAGCACGGCAGACGCGCCCGUCUACUGGCUGCGCGGCACGGCGCACUGCAACGACUACCUGACGGGCAACUACGCCGUUAACGAUGACGCGCGGGCCAUGUUUGACGGCGUGGCGGCCAACAUGAAGCAGUGGGCGGAUGACUUUUACAAGCAGCACAACAUCACGCGCCCCCAGUAA